AUGAGUAUCUAUAACAAUAGCAAGAGACUGAUAUUUUUAAUUGGACUUUACUAAGUUUCUCAGCCUAUUUUAGCACUUUCAAGAACAUAUUACAACUAAUUUAUGAGAUAAUCUUGCGAUAAAGAAACAAAUAGGAGUAGAUUGCAAAAACUCUAUGGAGGAAAAGAUGCUUAUGCACUAGUUACUGGUUCAUCAGAUGGAAUUGGCAAAUCAACUGCUUAGGAUCUUGCUAGACAUGGAUUUAACCUAAUAUUAGCGUCAAGAUCUGCUGAUAAAUUAGAUCAAGUAGCCAGAUAGUGCAAGGACAUUAAUCCUGAUAUAAAGGUAUAGAAAAUUCCUAUUGAUUUUGCAAGUGCCUAACCCCAUGAUAUAAAGGAAAUGUUUGAGUAAAUCAAUGAUAAAAAUGUGACAUUACUUUUCAACAAUGUAGGAAUCAAUGAUCAAGUUAAAUUCUUAGAAUUAGAUCCUCAAAGAGUACAAGAUAUGAUAACAGUCAAUAUCUUUACUUAGGUAUUUAUGACUAAAUAUACAAGGCUCUUAGUUAAGUAGAAUUAAAACAAAUCAGCAUUUGUUCACUUAUCUUCAAUUUUAUCUUAAUUACCUCUUCCCUUCCAUGCCUAAUAUAGCGCUACGAAGAGAUUUAAUGAUGUUUUCGGAAAGAUGUUUGGUCAGACUGCAAAUCACUACGGGCUGAUCUUUGAUAAGCAGAUAGAUACACUGAUUGUUAGACCAAGUGGAGUUACAACUCCUAUGACUUAGUUUUAAUAAGAUCCUCUCUUUGUAAAGCCAGGUUAAGUUUCUUUUGGGGAAUUAAGAGCUGUUGGAGUGCAAGAUGAUACAAAUGGUGCUUAUUGGCAUUGUAUUCAAGGAGAAUCUUAAAAAUACUUACCAAUUCCUGUCGUCCACAAAGUAUAUAAAUUCUUAGGUAGCCUUAACAAGGCUCCUUACAAGUGA